AUGGAGACGGAUAGAUGGAAGCUAAAAAUACCCCAGCUGCAGUUGUUUGGUCUGGGACGUCCCGCCCUGGGCUCAGUCUGGGCUCAGUCUGGGAUCAGUCUGGGAUCAGUCUGGGAUCAGUCUGGGAUCAGUCUGGGAUCAGUCCGGGGUCAGAGUGAGGUCUGGGGAGGAGCUUAUCGCUGCAGACUCACACUUGGGUUUCACUGCUGUGAUUGUAUCGUCCCAGGAGCUAAAGCCAAAGUCAGAGUUCACCGGCUGAACAAACAGGAGAUAAAGAGGUCCUCAGCGGUGACAUCACCACCUCAGCAGUGA